GAGGGAUGUUUCUUAAGAGCUUAUUUAUUUUCAUCUGUGAAACUCUGCAAGCUCUGCAGUUUCACAAGAGCUUUAUUGCAAAUGUUGAGUUCCACCCCAUCGUUUCCGGCCAUCUUUUCAGAGGAGGAUGAGAGUCCAGCAACUGCAUCCCGCAGGAGGACCGUAGGUGUGUGUUUGGUCCCCCACCUCACCCCCAGCCCCAUAUUAUGGAUUAAAUUCAACCUUCACACAACAGGAAACCACUGUGGACUCUGGGGCACUGAUAAGCAGAGAGGAAGCAGGAUGUUGACAAGCCCAUUCUUGCAAAAGAUGCCUUGCACCAGACUUCGCAUCGGGCACCGGCAAUUGACCUAACGACUCCUUACAUUCCUAUCACCGGACCCAGGACUGGCUCUCAGGAUUGCGUUGCCACAGCCAUGGCCCCCAAGAAACCACCAGCACCAGCAAAGCCGGCGGCAGCGGCAGCACCACCUCCAGCACCAGAACAUGCUGGCAUGACACCGCAACGUUUAAAGAUGAUAUGGAUGUGCAUUGGUGGGACGGUAUUGGUCUUCGGUACCAUAGCUGCAGUGAUGGGCUACCUCUAUAGCAAUAUGCUAGCGGAACCACCCCAUCACCUUGAACCGUCGUUGAACAGACUCAGAAGCUCAAUGGCCGCUUCGUACAGACGCCCUAAGCUCAAUUACGGAAAUGCCAUAAAGGUAUCAGAUUUUGCUUUGACGUUGAUGGACACAUUGAAAAGCAACCAGCAUGAAUAUGCAGAGCAGAAGAAAAACUACCAAAAUCUCUACAAGAAAGAUACUAAAGCCAGAUCUGCUGGUACCUGGGGUGCCUUUGGGAGGAAUCUCUACUAUGUUUCAAAAGGAAGAAAGACCUGGUAUGAUGCGGAGAACUUCUGUGUGUCCAGAGAUUCCCACCUGGCCUCCGUCUUAAGUGAUGAAGAACAGAAUUACAUCACUUCUCAGCUCAAAGACCCCGCCUGGAUUGGUUUUACAGAUGAAAAGGAGGAAGGCAAAUGGGAAUGGACAGAUGGCUCCAGAGUAACAAAACAGUAUUGGCACGAGGAAAACACUUACUUCACAGAAAACAAGAGAAGAUUGGAGAAGGACUGCACAUCCAUAGUGCCUUCGCUAGCUGGAAACAAUUGGCACGAUACCUAUUGCCACGAACUACGGAACUGGGUUUGUAAGGAGAGCGUAGAAAUUUAAGUUGGCAAAACCUGGGCCAAUGCGUGACUGAAGACAGAAUGGGUUCCAUCCCAUGGUUCAACUUCAGGAGACGUCUGCUUAGAAAGAAUGAACAGAAAUAUACUAUUCCACGCAAGCCUUGUUCUUUGCGCUCCCUGAAACCAAGAGAGUUGAGAGGUUGUUUCAGGGGCGUCUUACCCAUAGAAGUUAGUGGCGCGGGGCGCCAGGGCGCCAGAUUUUGGAGGGCACCACAUGCUGUGUCCAGGAAGGAGAGUCAGGGAUCGCUCCCUUACCCGCUCAGGGAAACCCCUUCACGUCCCCUCUUGCCGGGGCUGCCUGGGUGCCUGAUGGGCAUAAUUGGGGGCGGUCACGGGGCGCCCCUUUCUGGCCGCGUCGCUGCCUGCGCGCCUCCCUGCGGAGUCUGCGAGGGGAGCAGGGAAGUGCCCUGUGCGAUCCUGGCACCAAGAGAGGAUGGCACAGCCUGCAAGCCACCUGAUCUGUUUGCUGGCACUCCUGUGGCGCAGACUUCCCCAGAUGGGGGCAGAUAAAGGGCACCGGGCACUUAGAGGGAGGCUUCGUGGGAGGCCAUCUGGGCUGCGAUCUGGGCGCCUCUUACUUACGUGCAGUGCUGAGUGCGCGCCGGAUCACGCGAUGUAAACGAGCCGGCCUGAAGUCCUUCCCCCCCACUUAAAAAUUAUGGUUAUUAUUUGUUGUUCCCUAAUAUCAUUUCCCCCCCAAAUUCUUAGCCUCCUCUUUCUUUAUCCUUUUUAAAGACCUCACUUAGUUGAAAAUAUUGAAACCAAUCUGUAAUCUAAUUUGGAAUCCCUUCCUUAUUUUAUUUUUUUAAAUCUCUUAAAAUUAAGGAGAUCCUUAUAAGUACCACAAUUCUUAUCCAAAUUUACUUUUUUCACUGCCACAGCCCCAGUAGGAGAUAUCCAAUCAAGGGUCUUCCUUUCUAGAAGGUCUUUGUGUCUUGCCAAAACACUACAUAAGUUCUUCCUUAUUAUGUGGUUUAGGAAUCCCUUAUGCAGCUUGGUUUUCCCAUAGUAAAGGUAAGCAUGCCAUCCAAAAGAUAGGUUGAAACCCUCUAGGUCUGCGUUGUUUGCAUUUUUUAGUUCCACCCAUUCCUUCAUCCAACACAAACAUGCCGCCUCGUAAUACAAUUUCAGGUCUGGGAGAGCAAACCCCUCUCUUUGGAGAGGAGAAAGCAAUAGAAAAAGAAAAAGAAAUAAAUAAACAAAGAGUGGAAAAGAGGUUAAAAGAUAAAGAUAGAAACAAAUGGCGAAAAUAAAGGGCUUUUGAUUCCUCAUAUGUCCACUAUAUAAAACCAAUAUUUGCUUCAUCCAAUCAAAUAUAACACCCAACAAAGCCACUUUUUAUAAACAAGCAUGUUCAAUCCUCAAAUGGCACUGGGCACUUUCUGCAGUUUUAAAAGUUGUUCCUGGCUUUUGUUGGGGGCGGG